AUGUCUGAUUCAAUGAAUAUAUGUACAUUUACGGAAAGAAACGAAGAAACUUUUGAAGAUUAUACGGCAGUGACAGACUGGGAAGCCUUUACGCAAGAACUUGAAAAUCUGUUAAUCAGCUGGAUAAUAAAACAGGAUAUUGAAACUUCUUCAGAUUGUGGACGUGUUCACUUUUGUGGAAGUCUCAAAUUUGGUGAAAGAGUGUUCAGGCUCUCCUAUUAUAAGUGUGAUGAAGUAGAAAAGGAUAAGAAUUCAACAAGUGAUGGGCGGAAAUUGGUUCGAGUUAUCACUUCGAUGUCGAACUUUAGUCAUCGUUUUGGCAUUCCUUUAUUUUGGUUUGGCUUGUCGCAUGCAUUCCUCCUACAGCCUGAAGAUGGAGAGAUCAAGGGUGGUACCCGACUUAGUCUAUUGCUCAGUUCAAUCGAAAUGGCUGUCUAUGCAACUCGAUGUCCUAUACCAGUUCUAGUUGAACAUUAUGGGUAUACUUAUUUUGGCUUGGUUGCUUCGUGUGGUCUGAAAUCAAGUGAUUAUGUACAAAAUUCUCGUUCUGGUGGUAGCAGCAUUAACUCCUCACUGACAUCAUCAUCUUCAUCUUGGAUUGGCUCUUUAAAUAUUGAUUUUACUAGUUGUCGUAUUGAAAGCGAUAUAUUGGCAACUUGCACACAUCUUGGUGGAUUAAAAGAGAUAUUUUUAUCCAAAUUGGUAUGUUUUCAUCAUUGCUGGCUAUCCUUGAGUGUCAACUAUUCCGUUCCGAAACUGGAUAUCUCAGCCAGAUUUUUAUACCACUUACCUUCUUGUUCAUCUAUACAAACUAAAUACUCACAUGUCAAUUCAUUUAUAUUUUCAUUCGACCUGUUACAGGAGUCUUCAUUGAAUUUAUCUUUUAAUCUAGCCACCAUCUGGCCAAUAGUACCGAGUCAUGCAAUCACUGAAAGACCUUCGUGGAAGUCACUAAAACCCGAGGGUGCACCAAUAUGGCAAUUACAAAUAUGUUCAAGUAGUCCAUUCACUGAUAAAUUAAGUGUACGUAUUCUACGUUUUUUGAAAGGAUGCUCUAUGUCUGAAAAGGCUGUUCGACCAGCCGAUUUCUCAUCAGAUUCUGUUCUGUCAAGCGAUUCUGUGGUACAGUUUCUAUUAUUUCUUUUCCCAGAUGCUGAUGCUGAAAAUCUGUGCAAUAAUGUUCUUCGUGGGGAUUGGAAUCGUAAACACCAUGUAUCACAUUUAGACGUGCAAACAUUUGCUGCAUAUUUUGGUUUACCUAACCCAUGCUCUUUGAUUCAUCGCCUAGCUAUAAUAAUUACCAAUCUGUUUGUCUAUAAAAAUUAUGAAUUCAAUGAAUGUUUGUUACUGAUCAAGUCGAUGUUCAAUGAAUUGUACAUUGAAUUAAAAUUGCGUUUUGAUCGUCUUAUUUGUCUACCGCCAUCGUCGUUAUAUGAAGGAGUGUACAACAAGGUGAUAUCGUCGCCCACGUCAGACCCACUAGGAAAACUCUCAUCAUUGUUAGAAAAUAGGUCUUAUCUGAAAUCAUGGAAUCAGAAUGCAAUGAUAUCUGCCGAGGAAUCAAAGUUCAGUGAUUGGCUUGUUGAUGUUCACUAUAGCUUGGAUUUCAUUUUACACAGAUUUAAUGCGUGUAUUUUCAAAGCUCGCGAAGGUUAUCAGCAUUCAUCAUCUGAUACUAGUACAGUUCCAUCAGACAAUAUCAGGAAUGAUAAUAAUGCAGAUGAUGAAGAUGGUGAUGCAUUUUUCGAUGCUUACGAUGAAUGCUCACCAUCAAUGCAUGAAGCUACAUUGUCAAUAAAAAAUCCACUUGGUUGGAUUCCUGUUGUAACUAAAAUGGAUGCUAUGUCUGAAGCGGGAUCAAUACUUGUUUGGUUCAAAACACGUUCACUUACGGAUCAUUUUCAUUCACUGCUUCCAAAUAUUAUUUUGGAAUGUAUUCUUACCUUUCAUUCAUUAGUCCCUCAUCCUCGAUUAUCACAAUGGUAUUCUUCUAAACUAACAAAACUCGAUGGACAAGUGUACGACUUGCUAAAAAUUCACUCACCUAAAUCAAUGGGGAGUGAAGAUACUUCUUCUAUGUUCAGAAAGUCUUUUUUUCCACUCCAAACAUUCCGUGAAGUACUCCAAUUGAUUGCCCAAUUCUCCAUUGAAUUGACAUGUCUAAAUGAAUUAAUCUGUAAUGUUGUUAUGUCUGACUGUAGUUAUAUGUUGCAGUCAGACAUAUUUUUAAACUUCUUGUGCCAAUUAUCUGAGCAUGUAAAUUUAUUACAAGAUUUUACUGGUGAAUCAAAAUCAUGGACAUCUAGUCUAGGUGGUUGGAUUGAUCUACCUACCAGUAAUGCAUCUGCUUCCACUGCUACUGCUGCUAAUGUUGGAGAAAAUGAGCGCAAUAUGAUUUUAACAUUUUUAAAACGCCUUUUUGACAAAAGUGCACCAACUGAAAUAGUUGGAACUGACACAGGACAGUUCAAUUUCUCGAGUAUUGCACAAACAUGGAUAUCACCGAUUCGUCCAGUUGAUCUAAGACGUCCCGAUUUUGAAAUGUAUACCUUUUAUACUGAAUUAGCGUGUCCAAAUCCUUUGACUAGUCGAAUAGGUCCACAUCGAUUGUUUAUUGAAUUACAGUGUGAUAAACAACAAUCGAAUUAUACUCAUUUGUUAAUGGCUGGUAGUUUCAGUCAAGACACACAAUUUUUUUAG